AUGGUCAAAAGGAAAGUUACGUGUAAUAUUGAGUCUAGGCAAGAGAUCAAGAACACCCUUGUUAACUUGGAACUUUCUAAAAGCAUUCAUAAUCCAGUUCCUAUCUUUACCUUUUCAUUUAAAGAUCAAGUGGAUAGUCAAUUAAAAGUUCUUCUAGCUCUGCAAGAAGGUGGGAUUCUUAAAGAAGAAGCACAAGAGGAAGCUGAUUUUUUCUGUGAAUGUGAUCAAGAAGUUGUUCUUGAUGCUGAGGAGGGUGAAGAGAAGGAAGACAUUGUGAUUGUUAUGAACAUGGAGAAGAAUCUUGAGUACGAACGUCAGACUAUGCCAAAGGAUCAAGAAGACGAAAAUUCUUUAGCCGAUGUUGACGAAGAAGAAGAAGAAGAAGAUGUUGUAAACUCAGAUGCAGAGAAUGAUCUAUCUUCUCUAGCAGAUAGCGAUAGAGAUCAUCCCUCAUCUUUAUCUAUUACAAGCUUGGAGUCAGUGCUCGUGAUAGAGAAUCAAACUCAUGAUGAAACCGAUGAAGUUUACAAGAAAUACUGCGAGAAAAUGAGAUGGUAUGACAUCCUCAGCCGCGAUAGAACAUAUGGACUAAGUGUGAUCAUAAACCAAGAAACGGCAAGUAGUUUGAGCUUAUGGGGGAAAACGGCAGAGAAGAGGCUAAAACAAAGCAUAGAGAAGGAUCUUGAGCUAGUAUAUGUUGCUCAGUUAUGUUUAUCAUGGGAAGCUCUUCAGCAUCAGUACAUCACAGUGAGAGAGACUUUGAAUCCCGCUGGUUCGAAAGGCGAUGGUCUCUCAAAAGAGUUCCAGAAGUUUCAAGUUUUAUUAGAGAGGUUCUUGGAAGAUGAAAGGUGUGAAGGAAAAAGAGUCUUGAGCUUUGUCCAAAGAAGGUUUGAGCUGAUGAGCUUCUUUCAAAUCCCAGGACUUUCCGGAUAUAACAGAAAUGGACGUCAUGAAGGAGAUGAAGAAAGAAAGGACAAACAAGUGUUGAAAGCGAUAGAGAGAUGCAUUGAAGUCUUCUAUGACUUUGUUAAAGUAGACAUCAAGAGACCUUUGAUGUGGGAAAGACUUAAAGUCUCUCUUGUGAAUUCUCCUCUUAUGGAAUUGGAAGAUCCUAGAGACAUUAACCUUUUUCUUGACUUAAAAAAUUCACUUCAAAAGGAACAGUUGCUGAAGGAUGUACAAGGAAACAAGAAGAAGAAUUGGUUCAAGAAGAAAUCUUCUAACUUGGAAGAAGAGCUUGAGAGAGACGAAUACUUUAUGCUAGUAAGAUUCAUAUUGCUAGACUUAAAGCUUGUGUCUAGAGUUUUACACAUGUCUUUGGUCUCAUCUUCACACCUGGAGUGGUGUCAACAAAAGCUCAACAACAUUGAUUUCAAUGGUGGCAAAAUCUCUAGAACUUCCUCCCCUGUUUUAUUCCCAUCUUGA